AUGCCUCUCUCUGUCCUUUGCUUUCCCCUACUAUCCGCACUUAUCACUUUGUGGGUGGUGCUUGCGAUUCAAAUUUGCCAGGAGAGUUGGAGACUUCCUGGGUGUCUCCUGAGUAUCCGUAGGAACUCUACGGCCUUGGAUGGACCUGGGCAUCCAUACUAUGAUUCCUGCACGCCUCGUCGAAUCAGCUGGGCCUUGCUGGAGUGGUUCAUCUCCUUUCCCGCGUCUCCAUCCAGCAUCUGCAUCUGCAUCAGUAUCCGCACCUGCAACCCCCGGCCGGGGUUCCUUGGGAAAGGGAAAUGGUGA